GUUGAACCCCGUGCGGCCGCUGACGGCAUGGCGGCCAUCUUUGUUGAUGUGUCAGUGAGUGCUGCUGCGAUGGAUCCGCAGUGAGCGGCCGAGCCGGGACUGGAAAGCCCCAAGGGGGAAACGGGAAAGGGAAACCCGAAGCAGUUAAGCGAGUAUGGAGGUUCCUGUCUCAGAAGAGCCAGACCGGGUUCCUCAGGGGACGCUGCCCGAGAGUGACCAGGUGACUGCUCCGCCAUCUUGCAACGAACACACGUCGGAGGAACCAGAAAUGGCUUCAGAGGAGAAAGUGGAAUCGGACUCUAUUCCGCCUGUAACAGAUGGGAUAAUGUGUAAUGAGUCACAACCCCAGGAAAUUGUACUUAGUACUACUGAGUCCAUACCGGAGGUACCAGCAGCAUCACAAGACAUCACUCCACAAGCAUCUGAUCUGGAUGGACCUAAGGAACCGGUCACAGAAUUUCCCCAGGAUCCCGAUAUAGCAGGAUUAAUAGACAACGCUGUUAAAGACAUGGUCACAGGGAGCCAUUUUGACACGGACUGCACUAAAGAUUUGCUUUCCAAGAUCCAAAGCUCAUCUUCACAUGAAAGUUUGUUGGAAGAAAUUGAGAAUGAGCUUAGCAGCACAGAAUUGGAUUAUAAGAGGCCCAAUGGACUGAACAAAGCAGAACUGACUCUUAAUAUGCUGGAAAAAUGUGUCCAAGAUAAAUAUCUACAGCAGGAACAGACCAUAAACAGACUGAUAGAAGAGAAUAAGAAGCACCAAGAACUCAUCUUGGAAAUCUGUUCUGAAAAGGAUAAUUUAAGGGAAGAGGUGAAAAAGCUGACCGAGGCGGAAAAGAAGUACGUUGGCUCCAUCCGACAGCUGGAAGGGAAAAUCGAAGAACUCAACACUGAGCUGAAAAUCUCCAAAGAUAAACUCCUGGCACAGGAUGCGUCCGCCAAGAACGCAAUUCAGCAGCUUCAUAAGGAGAUGGCCUUCCGGACUGAGCAGGCAAAUAAAAAAUGCGAAGAGGCACGCCAGGAGAAAGAGUCCAUGGUCAUGAAGUAUGUCCGAGGGGAAAAGGAGUCUCUGGAUCUCCGGAAAGAGAAGGAAGCACUGGAGCGCAAACUCAGAGAGGCAAAUAAGGAAAUUGAGAAGAGCAGUAACCGAAUCAAACUUCUCACUCAGGAAAAGGGACGAUUGCACCAGCUCUGUGAGUCCAAGGAGAGCGAGACAAGUCGACAGAAUCGUGACAUUGAAAAGCUUAAAGAAGAAGUGAACAAUUAUGCCAUUAAAGUAAAAUGGGCCAACAACAAGUUGAAAACAGAACUGGAUUCCCACAAGGAAACCAAAGAUCGUCUCCAAAACACCUCGAUAAAACUCAAUCAAGCAAAAGAAGAAGCAGAUCAAAUACGCAGGAACUGUCAGGAAAUGAUCAAGUCAUAUAAAGAGUCUGAAGAGGUGAAAUCCAAUGACCUAGAUGCAAGGCUGAAAGUGACCAAAGUGGAACUAGAGAAGCAAAUGCAGGAGAAGUCGGACCAUCUGGAGGUGCAUCAGGCAAAGAUAAAAGAGCUGGAUGACCUGAAAAGGACAUUUACAGAAGGCAUGGAUGAGCUCCGGACACUGCGCACAAAGGUGAAGUGCCUGGAAGCAGAGCGUCUGAGGACGGAGGAAGAAUUAUCCAAGUAUAAAGAACUGAUUAACCGGCAAAAGGCUGAAAUCCAGAAUCUACAGGACAAGGCCAAAGUUCUGGAUCAGCAAGAGGAGCAACAUCAGAGGGACAGACAAGAAAUGGAAAGCUUGCGGGACGAACUAAGCAGCCUGAAUUCCGUCAUCUCCGACCUGCAAAGCGACAUUGAAGGCAGCAGGACAAGGGAGUCAGAGCUUUUGGGAUUCACAGAGAAGCUGACCAGUAAGAACGCUCGGCUCCAGUCUGAGAGCAACUCCCUGCAGGCCCAGUUGGACAAACUGACAUACAGCGAGAGUGAGCUCCGCAGCCAACUGGAGCAGCUCAGGCGCGAAAACACUGAUCUGAACGGGCGACUCAUAUCAGAGGGAGCACAGCAGAAAAAGGAAGUGCAAGCUCUUCAGACAGAGUUGGAAGAGCAACAGAAAUUGGUCGCCUCUUUAAACACCCGAGUAGAUGAGCUAAAGAAUGAGCUGGCGUCCCAGAAACGGAAACACGCCGUCAACCUGAAGGACCUCACCAAGCAGCUCCAGCAAGCCCGCAAGAAGCUGGAACAGGUGGAGAACGGUAGCUACGAAAAGGAAGUCAGCAGCAUGGGAAGCCGUUCCAGUUCCUCAGGGUCCCUUAACGCUCGAAGCAGCAACGAGGACCGAUCUCCGGAGAACAGCGGCUCCUCGGCGGCAGUGGACAGCUUCCCGGAAGUGGACAAAGCCAUUCUAAUCGAGAGGAUCAUCCGGCUGCAGAAAGCGCACGCCCGCAAAAACGAGAAGAUCGAGUUCAUGGAAGAUCACAUCAAGCAGCUGGUGGAGGAGAUAAGGAAAAAGACAAAAAUUAUCCAGACUUACAUAUUGCGGGAGGAAGCUGGGACUCUGUCGUCUGAGGCCUCCGACAACAACAAAGCCCACCUCAGCAAAAGGGGGGGAAUUAUGGCUUCCCUGUACACCUCCCACCCGGCCGACAGCGGCCUCACCUUGGAUCUGUCCUUAGAGAUCAACAGGAAGCUGCAAGCGGUGCUGGAAGACACGUUGCUAAAGAACAUUACCCUCAAGGAGAACCUUCAGACCCUCGGUACGGAAAUAGAGCGGCUCAUUAAACAGCAGCAUGAGACAGAGCGCAGAAUGUAGCCAUUGAGAGACUCCUUUGACCUGUUGCUUCCCAGCAGAGGCCUGUGAGGAUCGUAUGGGUUGUUUUUCCUCCUCUUCACCCCUGAACCUUAACCCUCUCAGCGCCGGAAAACACUCCUCUUACCAGGUGUAUGGAAUAACGAGUGGGGGGCAUCGCUGGAGGUCUGAACAGUCGCUGGCGCUCUUUGCGCAGUCGCCCUCCCAGCGAAUAAAUCGUUCACCCUGGAAUGGAAUUAUCCAAACAAAAGCACUUGCACUACCACUCACGCUUCCACAUUUAGUUUGUCUGGUUUUUUCCCUGCAAAAUAGCAGAAAUGGGGGCAAAUCUUUGGCAGCCAGAUGCCCUCGCAAGUCUCGUGACUACUGUGCAGCACCUUUGGCCACAAACAAAAGCUUAAAAAGCCUUGGGAAAGGUACAUAAGGGCUGAUAGGGAUGUCCCUUAUCUGUGGGGAUUACAGCUCCCUGUAGCCGCCGGCUGUGCCGCCCUGGCCUCCCUGCCUGUGCCCGUCGGUGCUGGUACGUGAGGCCUGAGCUGUAACUGCCAUAGAGGCUCGGGAUAGGGAUGUCCCUUAUCUGUGGGGAUUACAGCUCCCUGUAGUCGCCGGCUGUGCCGCCCUGGCCUCCCUGCCUGUGCCCGUCGGUGCUGGUACGUGAGGCCUGAGCUGUAACUGCCAUAGAGGCUCGGGAUAAUAACGUUACACACAGCCAGGUCUGUCGCACAGACACAAAGGCACCGUAUUAGACUUCAUUAUUCUCUGAGUGCCACAAAAACCAUCAAAGGGGACUGCUGUUUGCCAUUGGCCGUGAUUUAAUUACACCCUUGAUCUAUUGAAAAGUCUUUCGUUAACUCGUGCUCUGGGUGUUUUAAUCUGUCUCCCUAGGGAUCCUUUGAUGAUUUCCUGCUCUCUCCAUGGAUACUGCGUUAGACGUCACCUACCUGUCUGCCCGGCAACUGCCUACAGUUCCGCUGCGGCUACUGAGCAGAACCUUCGGGCUAGUCGGUGUUCCCCCAAGCCAAAGGGGUAACCGCCAGAGCAGGGUGAAAAAAAAAAUGUUUUCAUUUUGCAACGUUCCCUCCUGGAUGUGAAUCAUUGUUUUAAUAUGAAUAUUUUAUGGGUGUAUAAUAAGAAAGAGAAUAUUUUUCCAAGUGCA